AUGGCUUCUACGAGUUCCCCUGAAUCUACCGAGUAUGCAUUUAACAACCCGCCUCUUCACCAAGCUCUCGUAAUGAUCUUCUUUAUCCCUGUCAUAAUCAUAAUCGUUUUCGGCAAUACCACGGUCAUCGCGGCUGCCUACAAGGAGCCCAGGCUCCGAACACAAAGUUACAUCAUUUUUACCAGUCUAGCCGUCUCCGAUCUCUGCAUUGGUCUCAUAGCAACACCGCUCGAGCUCUACAGCCGGGUGGUACAAGACGAGAUCACUUGCUCUGUCGCUAAAUCGGGAUACUUUACAGUCUGGGUGUACGUCUUAUUCGUUGUUUCGAUGGCACAUAUUGUUCUUAUUACUGCAGACCGUCUGCUUGCGCUGAAGAGACCGCUCCGCUACGUUACCUUCGUGACGACGCAAAGGGUGUGUAUCGCGAUCGCGGUUGCCUGGGUCGGAGGGAUCAGCUACGGGAUCUUUUCGUUGAUCGAGUCGGGGAACAAUAAAGACGAUUCCUUGACGCAGUUCUGCACUGGGGUCAGCUAUAAAACCGUGUCUGCGCGAAGCUUUCUUCUGGGAAGUGCUGGCUCCAUAAUGAUUGGGGGCGUCAUUUUGAUCUCGUUGAAUAUUUGGAUUCUCUGUAUUGCCGUUAACCACUUGCGUCGGAUUCAACCGAAUUUAGUCAACAAUGAUUUAAAACCUCAGCAUCCCCGGCCAGCAUGGCAAGCCAAAGGUCGGCAACAGUUCAAAGCCGCAAAGACCACCGUCCUUGUUGUGGGUAUGUUCUGCAUCGGCUGGUUCCCUACGAGCAUCUGGUUCUAUCUCAGGGUCUUCGUCGACAUCAGUCAUGUCGGGCAGAUCAUUCUCUUUGAACUUAGCUUCUUUAUUGCCAAUUUGAGUUCUGCAGUGAAUCCAUUCAUAUACUGCUUGAAAGACGGUCUCUUUCGACAUAUGAAUAUCUACGUCUGGGGAACGACCUUUAACGUCACCACUGAUCCGAAAGAUGUGAUCCAGUUUCGAACCGGGUCCGCCCGUGAGCCAGUUUGUAUAGACGAAGGCAGAAGACUGACCAAGUGA